AUGGCUGAUAGCCAGGGCCAGACAGUUGAAUACCAAUGGGCCUACUCUAUUAUGGACUCAAGUAGAGUAUCUACAUUCCUCAUAUCCAUGCUACUUAUAGUUUAUGGUUCCUUUCGAAGCCUCAACAUGGAACAGGAGGCUAGAGAAAGAGCAGCAGCAACAAGUGCAUCGAAUUGUCUUCUGAAUACUCCACCUAGCACUCCUGGUGACACUGAUAGUCAUAAUAAUGUACAGACAUUGGACACUAUGCAGGCACUAUGUUUACCUUUAGUUGCUAGUGUCUCUUUGUUGAUUAUGUUCUUCUUUUUUGAUUCAAUGCAGAUGCUAUUUGCUAUAUGCACAGCUGUAAUCGCAACUGUUGCCUUGGCCUUUCUGCUGUUGCCGAUGUGCCAGUACAUCUUGGGGCCCUGUUCCGAUGGUAAUAAAAUAUCUUUCGGCAAGUGUGGCCGCUUCACAGCAGCUGAACUGUUUUCUUUCUCCCUCUCUGUGUUCAUAGUCUGUAUUUGGGUUUUGACAGUGGUAUUCAUCCACCCUGAUUGCCGCAGAUCGUCCGCCCCCGACCCGCCCAACGCCCCCGCCAUCACCGCGCAGGGCGCGCCCGCUUCUCUGGGCCCGCCCACGAACGCCCUCAACAGGUCGCGGUCCCGCUCGCCGGCCGGCCGCCGCUCCCUCAGCCCGCGCAAAGGCCUAGCCCCGCCCCCGAUGCGGUCGAGGAGCCCCACGCCCAACUACACAUCCAGCCUGGACGCCAAGCUGUCGACGGGCGGGAGUCCGCAGCGCAGGGCGGGCCCGCAGUCGCUGCCCGCCCCGCCCAAGGCGAGGAGCGUCGUUAGCAGCAUGCAGAUCCCGAUAGAUGCCAAGGUUUUGAAAUCGGAAAUCAGUCUACAGGUGAACGAUACUGACCAGCACAGUGAUACGACUUCAGAAAUGUCCGACGAAGGCUACAGAAGCCUUGGAAUAAUACAAGAUAAAAGUAGGCAAAGAUCUUCAUUUUACAGUCAAAAUUCUGCAGAAGAUGCUGAAGAAAAUGAGCAUCUCAUGUACACAGAAGACGAAUUGAACGAUUUCGGCCUCAGAAAAACCCAGUUCUCUCAGAGAAUCUACGACAACGAAGCGAACAUCAAGGCGAAACUGGAGAAAACCCUCCAGUCCAUGGAGAAGCUGUCCGAAUCUCCCUCCAGAUCGCCGGAGAUACCUCGACAAGAAGAAAUAAUGUCGGUGGCCGCUAAAACUCGCGAACGCUCUUUCCUGAGUUCGAAACCGGAAGUCCAAAGGAAAUCCUCCAGCAGGACGAGCAGCGCGGAAAGGGCACCGGAAGUACAGAAGAGUCCUAGAAAGGCCGCUUCGCAACUGAAGAAGCCCGAAUCUAAGAUCAGCACUUGGAGUGGACGGCCUAAAAGCUCGCGACCUAGCGUGACGAUGGAAACGUUCGUUUCUCCUUUUGCCAGGAAUUCAACAGGCAGAAGAAGCGUUUCGGCUAUCAACGACAGACGUUCCUCCUCCACCAACACCUCUCCUACCAAGAGCAAACUGAAGCAGGAGCUGCUGCAGACUGUGCAAGCGCUGCUGCGGAAGUAUGGCAGCCUCAGCAUCCUCAACCAUGAGGACGAGGAGCCGACGAGUUCACCGUUCGCGAGGACCUCCGACAGGGUGUCUUUCCGGAGCCCUCGCAAGGACUCCCGGCCGGAAAACAACCUGUCGAGGAUACCGGCGCCGAAGCUGGUCGCUAAGUCUUAG